UAGAAAUUCGGUUGGAGUUACUGGCUCCUCCACCACCGCACUCCGCUCCCCGAUCCAGAUCCAGGUGCCCCCUCCGCCGCACCUGCACCUCUCUACCCUCUCCUGUAGGCGGCGGCGGCGGCAUCGUCUCGCCUGGGCUGCCCUGGAGUGGAGGUCCGAUCCGUCCGGACACGACCCUGCUGCUUUCGUCGCAGCUGAAAGAUGGACGCGAACAGGCGCCAGAGUGGGAUUCAGCAGCUAUUGGCAGCGGAGCAGGAGGCUCAGCAAAUCGUGAAUGCGGCUAGGGCUGCUAAGUCGGCAAGGCUUAGGCAAGCAAAAGAGGAGGCUGAGAGGGAAAUAGCUGAAUACCGUGCCCAGAUGGAGGCCGAGUUCCAGAGGAAGGUUGCGGAGAGCAGCGGUGACUCGGGUGCAAACGUCAAGCGUCUUGAGCAAGAGACAGCAGUGAAAAUCGAACAACUCAACCAACAGGCUGCAAGCAUCUCCCCUGAAGUCAUUCAGAUGCUUCUGAGGCAUGUCACCACCGUGAAGAACUGAACGUUGUUGUGCCCUAAAUAUGAUUGCAAACUUGUAUCGUCUACCUGUUCAUUUGUUUCAGAGUGUGAUGAGGAAUAAUGUGUCACUUCAACCUGUAAUUCCUUGUUCUUAACCACGGAAUAAGCUGUUGCAGUUUAGCAAAAGUUUAGCAGCAACUGUGUCUAGUACCAUCAGAACUUAGCUAUUGUUUGGUAUAUUGCCAUAUUGGUAAAUAUUGUUUCCAGUUGGUUUUUUGGACAAACAAAAUUUAUUGAUUCACUAUCAAGCGGCUCUGUUUAUA